GCGCGCGCGCGAUCGGUGACGGUCGGUGAACGGGACGGUGACGAUAGACUCGAGCUCGGGGAGUCGAAGAGGACAAAGAGUUUACAGAUGCCGCGAGGGACCACGACGACGACGCGAGCGAUGAGCGGAGGAGAAGCGGGAGGGGCGACGAUUGAACUCGAAGCCGCCGCUGAAUUCGCCAAGGAUGAGUUUUACACGAAAAGUUUCGUCGUCAAGGCGCGCGAGCGCGUGGAAGCCUCUGUGAAAGUUCGGGUCGAGACGAAUGGUGUUAAGUACAAGGUCACCGUGGAAACGGACAUGGACGCCGAAGGGCAAGAUUUGCGCAUGCAUUGGGGCGUGGCGACUAGUAAGGAAACGUGGGAUAACAUGGAGACACCUCCAGUAAAAAUUAGACCGCCGUUUACGAUUGAAACCACGGGGGUAUGUCAAACGCGCAUGACGCCGACGUCGUCACGCUUGAGCCCCACGCUCACGGCUACGAUCGAAGGUGACGUAGCGGACGGCUUUUACGCAAUCAACUUCCUGUUCAAAGAACCAAAGAAAGAUCGCUGGAUUCAUAACACGAACGGAAGAGAUUGGCACGUGCCGAUACCACAGCCGCCGGAACCUGAGUUAGUGACGCGUACGAUUACUAUGCUGGAAGAUUAUGAGGAAGAGAUUGAAGAGGACGAAGAAUACGAAGAGGAACAAGAGGAGCAAGAGUUGGACGAAUCUCUCGCCUCACUUUCAUCAGUGGUCGAAGUGAACAUCGAUUUGAACGCGCGCGCGAGCUCUCCCGUCAAGGAGGAAGUCGUCUCAGCAGCGUCGUCAGAAAUCUCCGAGCCGGCAAACGCGUGGAAACGUCUUCUAACCCCGCCUGUGGACCCCAAGCCGUUCGACACGAAAGACGAGAAUAUUAACGCCUUAGUUGAGUCACUUUUUGGCGCUGGUUCGAACGGUUUGACAUCUAUCAAGCCAAUCGCCGCGCGAGAUGAAGGACCGCCUGAGGAUGAGGACUCUGAACCGGAACUUGAACUGGCCAAAGCGGCUCCCAUGGAAAAGCCGAAGACGCUCAAAACUGGGAUGCGAAAGGUGAAGAGGAUGGUAACAAAGUCCCGCACUAUCACUAAGUCGAUAGAUGAACCGCUGCCGGUGAAGUUGGUGGAGGGUCCUUGGCUCACUACGAACACCAUUGAAGAAAAGUUGAUUCGCGAGAAAGAAGUGAGUUAUAGAGUUGGCGCCGUAGUGGAAAAGAACGUCGAGGGUGGUGGAGUCUUGGUGCGUGUAGAAGCUGAACUUCCGUGGAAUAUUGUUUUGCAUUGGGGUAUUGUUCCUCGCGGCGCGCGUGCGGAUGUUUGGACGUUGCCUCCGGAACAAUGGCGCCCAGAAGGUUCAGUGGUCGGGGACACGGGCAAAGCGUGCGAGACUCCCAUGAAGAAAUGCGAGAACCCGCUGUCCGAUCGGAUUCAGAUGAGUUAUGCGGAGCUUCAGCUCGGAAACGCACCCACUGCGAUGCGGUUUGUUCUCAAAGAAAAUGGUGGAGAAGGACGGUGGCUUGAUCGCAAUGGCGACGAUUUUGUCAUUCCCAUGCCCGAGCCGGCGUACGCAAGCACCACGCUCGAUCUCACUGGUGAGCGGACUAAGGAAGCGAUAGACGUCGCCACAGCCGCUGCGUUUCGUGCGGCGGAGUUGCAUCUCGACUCCAUGGAUGAAGUCGAAGAGAAGGAGCUUGAUAUGAAUAUGCAAGUCGAGUACGAGGUGGCGACUCCACCACUGAGCGAAGACGACUUUGCUCCGGCGGAGCGAAUUCAAAAGCCUCAGAAAUCAGCCGUCGGUAACGGUCGGGAAGUUUUGCUUCAAGGCUUCAACUGGGAGUCUUGCAAGGCUCCAUGGUACCAAGCCGUCGAGCGACUUGCACCCACCAUUGCGGAACUAGGAUUCACGGUGGUUUGGUUGCCUCCGCCGACAUCGAGCGUCAGCGAGCAAGGUUACAUGCCUCUGGAUUAUUAUAACUUGGACUCUCGAUACGGCACAAAGGAAGAAUUAAAGGGCGCCAUCAAGGCUUUGCACGAUAAUGGUGUGAUGGCGCUCGGUGAUGCCGUGCUUAACCAUCGAUGCGCCCAUUUCAUAGGCGACGUACCCGGCACGUACAACAAGUUUGGAGGCAAGUUACCGUGGGACGCGACAGCCAUCGUGGCAGACGAUCCCAAUUUUCAUGGCCGAGGAAACAAAGCCGAUGGUGAAAUGUUCCAUGCAGCUCCUAAUAUCGACCAUAAUCAAGCUUUCGUCAAGGCUGAUCUCGAAGAUUGGAUGAGCUGGCUCAUGCGAGAAGUCGGCUACGACGGUUGGCGACUCGAUUACGUGAGAGGUUUCUGGGGUGGUCACGUGAAGGAUUACAUGGAGGCGACGAAUCCGCAGUUCGCGGUCGGUGAGUACUGGGAUUCGUUGGCCUAUAACAUGGAUGCUCUGGAUUACAACCAAGAUGGUCAUCGACAACGGAUCGUGAACUGGCUCAACGCCGCCGGCGGAAACGCCGGCGCGUUCGACGUUACCACCAAGGGCAUCCUGCACGCCGUAUUUGAACGCCAAGAGUAUUGGCGCUUAUCGGAUAAAGCAGGCAAGGCUCCGGGUGUCAUGGGUUGGUGGCCUAGUCGAGCGGUGACUUUCAUAGAAAAUCACGACACUGGAUCGACGCAAGGCCACUGGCGGUUUCCUCGCGACAAAGAGCUUCAAGGAUACGCGUACAUCCUGACCCACCCGGGCACGCCGACAAUCUUCUGGGAUCACAUCUUUGACAACAACUGGGGACAUUUGCACAAACCCAUCGAAGACAUGAUUCGUAUUCGCAAACAGUCCGGUAUUCACUGCCGGAGCGAAGUGAAAAUCGUCAAGUGCGAGCAGAGCGUGUACGCCGCCGUCAUCGAUGACCGACUUUUGAUGAAAAUUGGACCUGGUCAUUUUCAUGCAGACGACGCGUGGGAUUGCGUGCUUUCUGGACAAGACUUUGCAAUCUGGCGCAAGAAGAAAGAUCGUUCGCAGCCGCGGUGAUUUCUCAUCUCUACUUAAUAUACUGUAAUACUACAACUCGCGAGCGAGCAAGC